AUGAGCAACUUGGCCACUCGAAGCGCGAACGAAGGCGCCAAGUACAGGCAGCUCUUUGUUGACUUGAGACACAUUCUGAUAGAGAAUCCACUACCACAAUCAACCGCAACAGAAUCAACCACAAACAACGCAGCUUUAAAAUCAUCCAACAGUGUACCAUAUAAUCCAACAAAGGCCAGAACUUUUGACAGGAGGAAUACACCAUUUGUCACAAGACCCAUUAAUACUCACCCACAACCACCUCCUAUCGCUGAUGAGCCUACUGCUCGAACCUCUAUAGUGCCUGAAAAACAUGUAUAUUCACAACCACUACCGCCCCCACCUGCUUCAAUGCCUGUACAUAAAACAAGCCCUCCUGAUGCCACUAUACCAAAGCCCCAGGCGAAACCGUCGUUACAGUCGAUAUCUGCCAUAGCAGCACCAGAGACACCAAUACAGCAAGGCCCUCCUACAGAACAACCGGUUAUCUCAAAGGUCAAAGAGGUCCAGGAAGAUCGUAUAAAAACGCCUAAUAUAGUGGAAGAAGAAUAUCAUACUAUAGCCAUCGCCGAUUUGGAAAAACUGAUCCGAGAACAUUCAGACUCGCUGCAGCGAUUCCACACGCUAGGGCCAGAUGGAGAGUAUCAACGCCACAUGAUAUGGAAGACCUUUGCGAAAGUAGUAAAACAGCCAAAGCAAAGAGCCCUGCUGACCAAGGAAAUAUGUCUACAAGUCUUGGCUGCUUGUCGGACCCUUCGAGUCGCUGGAAUUGAAGACCGAAUGAACCAAAUUUUAAAUAUCUGUAACGAGAACGGGUUUAACAUCGGUCGACUUGGCUAUCAUUCGAUGUUGGCGGCAAUUGCCAGAAGAGGCGACCGUAUGUCUACCUGUGACAAGGUCCUGAAUGAUAUGAGUCAGGCCGGCGUCUUCCCCACACAACGAACAUAUUCACUAUAUCUCCUGGCAUUGAUUAAUAUAAAAGGAAUAGCAGAAGGUGAAAAAUGGUUGGAGGACGCCGUUGGUCGGGUCGCUAUAGCAGUCACUCAUCAGGAAGAACGUCCUGCAGUCGCAGAUGUUGAAGAUCCAGCUGAUCUCAUCAAUGACAAUAAUAGUGAUAGCAGUACUACUCAACCCUCUAAUGCUCAGAGUACACGCUCUGAUACCUUCAGACGAGAUUCGCAUGUAGACUAUGCACUGUUACAUGGAUACUAUCGGGAACGACGUUAUAGACAGGCGAUUGAACUGACAGACUCUCUACGAAGCCAGAGCCUCGACCUCCCUGCUGGAAUGUAUUAUAUAUUGCUGAAAGUUUACAUCAGAAUGAAGGAUUUGAAUAUGGCCACACAAAUUUUUGCUGAGAUGCAAUCGAAAGGUUUCAUCAUCAAUCGACUCCCUUAUGAAGCCAUGAUACAAGGAUGGUUGUCUUUAUUAGAUCCGAAGAAAGGGCUGACUGUUAAGAUUGACGGAAUGGCCGACAAUCUGCUCCGAAGUAGCGAAUUCAGCCAUGCUGAAAACAGUCAAACAGUAUUAGGUCCUGUCAGCAAAACUGCUUUGAAGGAACAGCAUAUAGCCCCAUCCAUUAUUGACGGUACUCAAAUCAAUAAUAACAGUAAUAGUAACUCCUCCGCUGCUCUGAAUAUACCAACGGGUACUGAUGGUGAAACUUAUUGUCUCCAAAAGGGAAGUCAAAUCUAUCAGGAUAUGGUAGCCGCCAAUAUAGAGCCCGGAAUCAACACGUAUCAGAUAUUUAUGGCAGUACAUCUUCGACAACAGCAAUAUGGUGCCGUGAUGGCCCUGUAUCGUGACUUGCUCGCUUCAAAUCUACAUCCGAACGUAGUUGUAUACACCAGCGCCAUGACGGCUGCUGCAGCUCUACAUGACUGGUCUGCAGUAGAUAAAAUGUUUGAUGCAGCGAGACAUACCGAUGAAGGUUACCUAGACGUCCAUAUAUAUACCACUUAUAUGAGCUCCUUGACCAAGAGUGGUAGGGCAGAUCAAGUAGAAAAGUUUUUCGAACAAAUGAAGCGAGAGAGGAUUGUCCCAACCUUGUAUACUUGGGACGCACUGUUGCAAUCCAAGUGUGCGAUGGGAGAUCUGGUAUCUGCUCAAAAAAUUGUGUCGCAAAUAGAAUCUCAUGGUUGGUCUAAAAAUCUCCGGAUUCGGAAUUCGCUUUUGUAUGGUCUCUGUGUCGCUGGUGACUUGAAGGGCGCUGGACAGACCUUUGAUCAAAUGAGAUCCGACGGGCUGACACCAGAUGUAACCAGCUAUAACAUACUCUUAUGGGGUCACAAUGCGAAUGGAGAUGUUGAAAGUGGACUGGCGUGGUAUUCUCGUCUGAUAGCAGAUGGUCUCCAGCCGGAUGUCGCUACGUUUAAUAUACUCAUAGCUGCAAACGCACAUCGUCUAGAUGCAGCAGGAGCUAUGGAUGCCUUCCAGUCUCUAGUAUCAAAUAAUCUAAAACCCGAUGUAUAUUCGUUAGUACCACUCAUGGCGGUCCAUGCUCGAAGAGGUAAUGUCAAUCUGGCAAAGGAUGGUCUGGCAUUGCUCCAACAGCAUGAGAUAUGUGCUACCCCUCCGUUUAACAUAAUAAUGAGCUAUCGAUCGAGACAAAACGACCUGAAGGCACUUGUAGAUGAAUAUUGUAGGGUAACUCAGGGAGCUCAAGGGUCGGAUGCUGUUGCACCAGAUAUACGAACAUUUGAUAUUCUUGUAAGGGCCUUUGGUAUUGCAGGAGAUGUGGUAAAUGCUCAGUUUUGGUUUGACGAAGCAGCCAAGUUUAAUAUUGUACCAGAUGCCAUGUUGUAUAACGCAUUGCUCUCAGCAUACACGAGGGCUGGUGACUUUGAAGGUGCAGGCAGAGUGCAUGCACAAAUGGCAGAAAAUGGAGUACUCUCGUGGGCAGUUACAAACACCUUUAGAUCUUCUAUUGCUCCAUCAAUGUCUCAGGAGCUGCAAUCAUAA